AGAGAGAUGUUUUGUUUUACGGACACAAGAGGCACUGCUCAGAGCUAAAAAGCUCAGCACCUGCAAAUUAAUCAGAGAGAGAAAGAGAUAGAGAGAGAGAGAGAGAGAGAGGAGGCAAAGGGAUGGAUUGGGAGACUUAAUUGAGGCAGCUGCUCGGUGCAGAGAGAACAUGGCGGCGUUGCAGAGAUAGAGAGAGAGACACAGAGAUGAUAGCUGUUGAUUUCCGCGGCGUUCUUUAAAUGCUUCCUAAAUUCACUCUGUAGAAGAAGAAGAAGAAGAUGGAAAGAGACUGAAUUCAAGGCAGCGAUUAACAACUGCCAAACGCAAACCGACGCCUGUCUCUAUAACCCAAGUCUCUAGGGCUGCCUGCCUGCAAUUAACCCCUCCCCCAACUACACAGCAAUUACCAAAACCACCACUACACAAACUCACACAAACACACUCUUUGAGAACAAAAAGAAAAAAAAAAAGAAAAAGAAAAAAAAGGGGAGAAAUAUUACACGCCCUUGUAUGCAACACACACAGAACGAGAGAAUUCUGAGGAAAUACGAGAAGUUAGCACCACACCCACGGAUCCAACCCUCCCUCGUUCAAGGCGCGGGACCCAGAAAAUACAGAUACUCGAGAAUUAUACCCAUUUCGUUGUUGGGUACUGAACUUGGGUGAGAGUGGAGCUUCUGAUAUGGAUUGUCUGUCACAAUUGAGGUGCGGGUCAGGCUUAGAGGAGGAGCAAUGGCUGGGUUUUUCCCAUUAGGUAGAGGAAGAUCAGGUACUCCAAGCAGCCAGGAAGAUCAUCGUCAGCAAAGCGGCAACAACCCGCCAACGGAAAUCCCGCCGGAGAACUUGUUUUGGUACAAGAAUGAGGAAGUGGCGUACAAGCAGGGUUUCGAGCUAUGGCAACAGCAGGAACAAGUACUUCUACAACAGCAAGAGCAACAGCAACGGCACCAGCAGCAACAGCUACAGCAAGAUCUCUACGCUUCAGCGGCUGGGUUAGGGGUGGGGCCCAGCAGGAGCUCAAUCAACGUCUCUGAUCAUGACUCGCCGUCGAGAUCGGCGUUCAUGAUGAUGAGGUCCGCAGGUGGAGGGAUAAGCUGCCAGGACUGCGGGAACCAAGCCAAGAAGGACUGCGUUCACAUGCGGUGCAGGACUUGUUGUAAAAGCCGAGGGUUAGAGUGUCCAACCCAUGUCAAAAGCACUUGGGUCCCAGCUUCUAAGCGCCGCGAGCGUCAACAACAACUCGCUUCUAUACAGCAACAGCACCAUGAACUUCAGCUCCGCGGAGAGAAUCCCAAAAGACACAGAGAGAAUCCAACCACUUCCUCUCUCGCCUGCACUCGUUUGCCCACCAGCGCGUCAGGGUUAGAAGUCGGACAUUUUCCAGCAGAACUGCGCUCUGCCGCUGUUUUCCGUUGCGUACGAGUGAGCUCCAUUGACGAUGCAGACGAUCAAUAUGCGUAUCAGACGGCUGUGAACAUAGGAGGCCAUGUUUUUAAGGGUAUCCUCUAUGACCAAGGCCCCGAAACUAACUACUCAGCUGCCGGGGAGAGCUCCUCCGGCGGUGGUGGAGUUCAACCUCUUAACCUCAUUGCUAGUGCCACAACUGCCAGCGCCACCACUGCUAGUGGUGGUGGUGCAGACGUGGGUUCUUCUGCUAUGACACUUCUCGAUCCUUCUUCUCUAUACCCAGCUCCGCUUAACACCUUCAUAGCUGGUACGCAAUUCUUCCCACCCCCAAGAUCUUGAAAAAAAAAAAAGACCCGCAUUCUUCCCCACCUCUCUCUCUCUCUGACCAACUUUUCACUUCGCCAGCAAUAUUUUGAUAUCGUUGUAGCAGUAAAUUUGAUAACCAUUGAUCAAGUAGGAGUAAAGGAAAAAAAAAAAAAAAAAACGGACGAGAGGAAACGCGGAAAGCUGUUUGUUUUUUUGUGCGAAUCUGAAGUUCUCAAUGCAAGUUAAAUUAUUGAUAAUGUUCUUCACUUCCUUAAAAUGGGAAUUUGUUCCUCAGUUUCUGUACGAGAUUAGGUGUGCAGUCCAGCGUAGUGCAGUCGUGUCUGUAUGUUGUUUCUAUUUUGUAUCUAUUUUUCUCCACUGGGUUGAAUUUUACUA